AUGGCUCGGAAAAGAGGAAAGGUAUGUGUUUGUUCUUUUUUGGAUAUUCAAAACAUUCGUUUUGAAGUAAUUUGACGCUAUGCUUUAGGGUAAAUCCGCCAAAGCUGCGAAGAGAGGCCUUUUAGGCCUUCCAAAACUUCCCAAGGCCAAAAACUCAAAAUAUGUAAGUUUAAGAUGCAUUUUUGUAAUCUCUUUAGGCUAAAAUUGAAGAUAAACGCGAGCAAAAAAAGGUUGAGAAGAAAGAUGCGGCAAAUCUUAGGGCCAAGGUAUCAGGAAAUGUCGCUGAAGCGAAUGAAAAAAAGAUACCUCGUUCGUUUGUUAUUCACACAGGGAAAGUUGGGAUGUUUGUCAAAAGGUUGGAACGAGAUCUGCGCCAAGUGAUGUUACCUUACACUGCCAAGGAUCUUCAGGUUGGUUUAUCUUUAUUAAUAAGUACCGGAUGAAUGCUUGUUCGUUUAUUUGUUUUUUAGGUGAAAAAGCGGAACAACUUUAAAGAUUUCUUGGCACACGCUGGUCCAUUGCAUGUAUCCCAUAUGGUGGUAUUAACAAGAAGUGAGCUGUCAGUUAAUCUUCGUAUUAUUCGAGUUCCUCGAGGUCCCACGAUUCAUUUUAAAGGUAGGGCUUUUUAUUUUUUCUUAGUCAAUUUUUAGUCGACAAUUAUACUUUGGCUCAUGACAUCUUAUCCGUCUCCAAGCGUCCAGUCCAUUUCCAGAAGUUAUUCGACUAUUCUCCGUUAGUAGUCUUAAAUGGAUUCAACGACCCAGAGAAGAGGCAUUUACAACUCGUCCAGACUGUCAUUCAGAACAUGUUUCCCACAAUAAAUGUUGACACUGUUCAGUUGAAGAAUAUCCGCCGUGCUUUGCUGAUUAAUUACAAUGCGGAAACUGAUAGCAUCGAUUUCAGGCAUUAGUAAGUGUUUUUAAAUACUGCAAUCGCAUUUUUAGCUCUAUCAAAGCUGUCCCUGCAGGAGUCAGUAAAUCCACCAAGAAAUUGGUCCAGAGCAAGAUUCCAGAUCUUUCAAAAUACAAAGAUAUCAGCGAAUUUUUGACAAAGUAAGGUUGUUCUGAAUGAAAUAACACAAUGUUGACAUUUUAGUCCGGGGCAGCUGAGCGAAAGUGAAUUUGAAGGAGAACAACCUGAGGUCGAAUUAGCUCAAGAUCUGAAAACUCGAGGAUGCAGUCAAGGUGACAAAACAAAACUUAGAUUGGUCGAAAUUGGACCCAGAAUGACUUGGGAAUUGGUGAAAGCGGAAGAUGGGAUUGAUUCGGGAGAAAUCCUGUACCAUAAAUAUGUCCAGAAGAGUACGGCCGAGAUCAGAAAACUGAAGAAGAAGAUUCCGCUUAUCAAGUAAGUCUGAACUCACAAGAUUGAUUUUUAUACUUCCCUUGUUUUGUCAUAUUAUUUUAAUUGCAGGAAGAAGAAACUCCGCGAAGAAAAGAAUAUUCAGCAUGCUGUUGUCAGAAAACUGGAGGCCAAGGAGAAACGCCAAAAGAAAAUGGACGAUGCUUUCGAAGAAGAAAAGAGGAGGUUGAUCAGAAAACAGAGACAAGUCACAGGGGAUUAUUCAUCCGAAGAUGAAGACGCCCAGCCUCAAGAAAAAAAGGAAGAGAAUGGAAAGGAAAAGGACGAAGAAGGAAGGGCUAAACAACCCCCCAAGAAGAAGUUCAAGAAGUAA